CCUCCUGUGCUCACCGCCGGCAGCCGGCACUUUGCGCUAACCUAGAGAGUAGCUUCACUUGGGCGCGAGGCGGAGAGGGGCACAACCAUUCACAACGAUCCAUGAAAAUGCUUUGGAAACUGACGGAUAAUAUCAAGUACGAGGACUGCGAGGACCGUCACGACGGCACCAGCAACGGGACGGCACGGUUGCCCCAGCUGGGCACUGUAGGUCAAUCUCCCUACACGAGCGCCCCGCCGCUCCCGGGCUGGCCCGGCCAGAGGCAGAGCCAGGAGUCUGGGCUACUGCACACGCACCGGGGGCUGCCCCACCAGCUGUCGGGCCUGGAUCCUCGCAGGGACUACCGGCGGCACGAGGACCUCCUGCACGGCCCGCACGGGCUCGGCUCCGGACUCGGAGACCUCCCGAUCCACUCCUUACCUCACGCUAUCGAGGACGUCCCGCAUGUAGAAGACCCGGGUCUUAACAUCCCAGAUCAAACUGUAAUUAAGAAAGGCCCCGUGUCCCUGUCCAAGUCCAACAGCAACGCCGUUUCCUCCAUCCCUAUCAACAAGGACAACCUCUUCGGCGGCGUGGUGAACCCCAACGAAGUCUUCUGUUCAGUUCCGGGUCGCCUCUCGCUCCUCAGCUCCACCUCGAAGUACAAGGUCACGGUAGCGGAAGUGCAGCGGCGCCUCUCGCCGCCCGAGUGUCUCAACGCGUCGCUGCUGGGAGGAGUGCUGCGGAGGGCGAAGUCUAAAAAUGGAGGAAGAUCUUUAAGAGAAAAACUGGACAAAAUAGGAUUAAAUCUGCCAGCAGGGAGACGUAAAGCUGCCAACGUUACACUGCUUACGUCACUAGUGGAGGGAGAAGCUGUCCAUCUAGCCAGGGACUUUGGGUACGUGUGCGAAACUGAAUUUCCUGCCAAAGCAGUAGCUGAAUUUCUCAACCGACAACAUUCCGAUCCCAAUGAGCAAGUGACAAGAAAAAACAUGCUCCUGGCUACAAAACAGAUAUGCAAAGAGUUCACCGACCUGCUGGCUCAGGACAGAUCCCCCCUGGGGAACUCUCGGCCCAACCCCAUCCUGGAGCCCGGCAUCCAGAGCUGCUUGACACACUUCAACCUCAUCUCCCACGGCUUCGGCAGCCCGGCGGUGUGUGCCGCGGUCACAGCCCUGCAGAACUAUCUCACCGAGGCCCUCAAGGCCAUGGACAAAAUGUACCUCAGCAACAACCCCAACAGCCACACGGACAACAGCGCCAAAAGCAGUGACAAAGAGGAGAAGCACCGAAAGUGAGGCUCCUCCCUCCCCGCCCCCACCGGCAGGUGACAGCUGGGGACCAGCCACCCUUCCUCCUCCUGCUGCUGCUGCUGCUGCUUCUGCUGCUGCUGCUGUGCCGCCCUCUGGCCCCUGAGUCCUCGGGACUGCUCUCUCCACUGCCAUGGGGCAGCCACUGCCGCAGACUCCGCCCCCUGCCUCGACUUACCCCCUCACCCUCUUGCAGAGCCUAAGAGAACAGAGCAGGCCGUGAAGCCAGCACAGAAAAGUUCUGUUGAGUUUGUGAAUCUUUUUUUUUUAACCAACAAAUCAACAACAAACAUUAAAGACUUUUUUUUCUAAAAAACACAAAAAAUUUAAAAAAAUUAUAUGAGCUUCAUGGGACUGAAUCACCACCUUCCCUUGCAUACUUCAGUUCAGAUUGUAGCCAUACUUUUAAAAAAGGCAAAAAGCUUAAUGACAUUUUUAUCAGUAUUGUGAAUAAACUUGAACGCAAAUACACGAAGUCCCAUGUCGUGUCUUCAGUUGUAGAAGUUUUUCUUCUCCAAGGUAAAGCGACCAGCUUGGACUUUCUCUGGCAGCACGAUUCAGUUACAUAGGGGAGUCAGUAUUCACAACUCUGUAUAUAUUUAUUUAUGUGUAAUUUAAUGGGAUUUGUAAAUAUGGUGAGUCUGUUUUAAGCCUUUUUUUUUUAUUUAUCUGGUGAUCUCGUUUACCUCUUGUUUAGUGGGUUUUGAAUCUUCCCUAUUAGUUCUUUCAUGUGGUUCAUGGUACUUAUUUAGAAAUCCAAGGUUUGGGGAAUUUUGUUUUUCCUCUGGGAUUCAUGAAUUAGCCCUGUUGUAGCAUGUUAAAGGCAAAAAUGAAACAGCUGGACAAAUAAAAGAAAGGAAAAUAAAAUUUUAUAUAUAAUUAGUAUUACAUUUAGCUUUUCAUUGAACUGAAAGAAAAAAGUGACAUUGGACCCUGGAAAGAUUUUUAAACUUAAGCAGUUUGAUAACCCUUCUAUGUAUUGUGGGGAGAAAACAGAAGUUUAUUUUAUUCUACUGUCCUUCCUUAAAAGCAUCAUCUGAGCAAUAAAUGAGUAUUGUCUUUAUACCAAGGGUUAGGGAUUUUUCCUCUCUCUCUCUCUCUCUCUCUCUUUGUUCAAAGAACUUCAAACAUGAGGGACCACCUGGUGCCCUGUAUUUCCACUGGCCCUAUUGGAAACAGUUCUAGUUGUAUUGUAUUGAGCUGUGCCGGCAGUAGUUUUCAUGCCUGUCAAUGUAUCAUAGCCCUUUGUUGCCCAGAUAAAUAAAUAUUUGAUACGCUUUAUGUCGAUUUUUUUUAUUCAGUGGCUGUCUUUACCCAGGCGUAUUUUUGUUCUUGGCAGUAUUUUUUAUUCAGUAUGGUUACAGUAAUUGAGUUUAACUCUCCCUUGGCAAUUGCUCCUUGCAAUAAGCAGCUGAACCCAUUGUUUCCCUCAAGUAUAAUAAAAACUUACUUUCAACUUGGAGUUCAGAGCAGGGUAUCAUUUAGAUAUUCCACUGAGUCUG